CUGGACUUUAAUCCAUUCACUCGCUUUCCCACCCCCAUCAAAGUCUCCUCUUCUUUUCCAGUCUGUCUGUCUCUUCCCCUUUGCACCCUGUCGCCUUUUGCUGGUCUUUUUACCCUUCAGCAUUUCCUUUUUUAACCUCUUGGAUUGAUCACUUCCCUCGCUUCCGUCAAUCCUCUUCCUCCUCCUCCUCCUUUUUUCCCCGUCCCUUCCCCCUCUUUGGCCCUCCCUGGAACAUAGUCUCUUCAGUUCCGUUCUUAGCUGUGGCUUUCCUUCUUCCAAUUGCCCGUUGCGCAAGGAGAGACCGCUUCUUCAGUCUUCCACUUUUGGGGCCUACAGCCUUGCAAAACCCAACCGAGGUCUCGAUCCACUCCUCAUUCAGGUCCUUUUGCAAAGCUUUGCUCAGUCUUCCUUCGACAAACACUCGUUGCCAAGUACCGUCUUGCUAAUUACACCCUUACAACCCUUUCAAUUCUUCCCCACGGGACGAAACGAACCCCCCCGACACGACCGCAGACGGACCUUGCUAGCUUUCAUCCCGACUGACAGACAAGCCAAGUCCCAAUCUCCGUUCUCGACUCGAUUUCCCCCCCGGUUCGCUUCUUCUGCCACAGUGUGAAGAAUCACCACCUCGCCUUUAACUCGACAUUCGCUUGAAGAGAGAAAGAGAAGAAAAAGAAGAAAAAAAGAAAGAGAGAAAGAGGGUCAAAUACUUAUAAACGUCACGUUGGUCGAUUACGAUAGCGAUAUUUAAUAGCUCUAUACAAAAUCUUCCUUUGUUCGGCUUCGACACGCUAGGAUCGAUUCCCUCCACAUCGACCAACCCCUUUCGGCCCCCCCUGCCGCGAAGCAAUUGUCUUUGCUCCAAAGAGACAAGGACAAAACCAAUCCGGCCGCGGUCACCUUCGAGCUCUCCCGGCUGCCUUGGCACUCGACCGUUUCUUUCUCUGAAUCCGGCUUGCCUCUUUGCUUCACUUCUGUCGACGUCCAGUUUCCUGGCUUCGACAAUACAUAACCGCGACACUUCGAAUACCUUUUGUUUCGGCAGCGUUGUGGAGCAUCACGGUGACAGGUUUUAGACAAAUCUGUCCGCCAUCUUGAGACACCGUGUAUACUUACCCAGCAGUCAUACUCUCUUGUCGAGUUUUUGGCCGCACUUUCUUGUACAACGACUGGUACAUUCCAUCGCGUGUAUAUUCUUCUCGGUUGUGCCUUUACCAAGGGGCACGUUUAAUCCUUCAAGACGGCGGUUCUAUCUCACCUUUCUCGGGACUCCUCUGUCCCGGCGCACUUCCUCGGGAUGCAAGACUACUCAGGCCACCAGGGUGGGCACAACGGCCACAACGGCCAGGGCCGCUUCGGCCACGCCUCCAAGCCUUCCAAUAGCGACACCGGCUUCUCCCACGGUGCCUUCACUUCCAACAUCUCCGGCUUCGCCGAAAGACACCCCCGCCGCGGCAACAUUCCUUCGAUUAAUACGCAGCCCAUGCAGCAGCAGAACUCCCACCACAAUGUCAAUGGCCAAGACCUGACCAGCCCCGGUACCGCCUUCGACAUGCAGUUCACUCCUUUGCUGCCCUCUACCCUUCUCGUCGGUAGCCCUUUCCAGCCGGGCACCCCCGCUGGCUUCGCUAGCCCCCAAUUCCAGAGCAUUCCUGCCUUCCAGCAGCAACAGCAGCAGCAGCAGGGUUACCAGUCGCAGAACGGCGCCGCCAGCCCGGUCCAGCAACACAUCUCCCCCCAGAUGUAUCAGCCCAUCGUUUCACCCUCCGCUUACGGCGCGCCUCAGUUCUACGCCCCUCAGUCGCCCACGGGUUCUUACAACAACAUGGCGCAGAUGCAGAUGCCUGUCCAGCCGCAGUCUCCGGUCAACAUGGGCCCCGGCAUGGUGACCGGUACCAGCCGCACCGUUUACCUUGGCAACAUCCCCCCCGACACCUCUGCUGAGGAGAUUCUUGGACAUGUUCGUAGCGGUCAGAUCGAGUCCGUGCGGUUGCUCCCGGACAAGAACUGCGCUUUCAUUUCUUUCUUGGACGCGAGCUCGGCCACGCAUUUCCACUCUGAUGCCAUCUUGAAAAAGCUCUGCAUCAAGGGGCAGGACAUCAAGAUUGGCUGGGGCAAGCCUUCGCAGGUUCCUACGUCGGUCGCUCUCGCUGUUCAGCAGUCUGGAGCCUCUCGCAACGUUUACCUUGGCAACCUGCCUGAGGAGGUCACUGAGGAGGAGCUGCGCGAGGAUCUUGGAAAGUUCGGUGCCAUUGACACCGUCAAGAUUGUGAAGGAGAAGAACAUUGCCUUUGUGCACUUCUUGUCCAUUGCCAAUGCUAUCAAGGCCGUCGCCCAGCUUCCCCAGGAGCCAAAGUGGGCGGCUCCGCGUCGUGUGUACUAUGGCAAGGACAGAUGCGCCUACGUCUCCAAGACCCAGCAGCAGAACGCCGCUCAGUACCUUGGUAUCUCGCCGGGCUAUGCGCACAUGCUCAGUGGUGCGGAUCGCGAUUUGAUUUCUAGCGCCCUGGCUCAGCAAUCCGUCGCUGCCGCCGCCGUCGCCACCACCGCUGGCGGUCUUAACAACCUUGGAAACCGCACCAUCUACCUCGGCAACAUCCACCCCGAGACUACUAUCGAGGAGAUUUGCAAUGUCGUCCGCGGAGGUCUGUUGCACCACAUUCGCUACAUCCCCGACAAGCACAUUUGCUUCGUUACCUUCAUCGACCCUACUGCGGCCGCGUCCUUCUUCGCCUUGAGUAACCUCCAGGGCUUGAUGAUUCACAACCGCCGGCUGAAGAUUGGCUGGGGCAAGCACUCCGGUGCCCUCCCCCCUGCCAUCGCUUUGGCCGUCAGUGGUGGCGCUUCUCGUAAUGUCUACAUUGGCAACCUUGACGAGACGUGGACUGAAGAGCGCUUGAGGCAGGACUUCUCCGAGUAUGGCGAGAUCGAGCUCGUUAACACGCUUCGUGAGAAGAGUUGUGCGUUUGUGAACUUUACGAACAUCGCCAACGCCAUCAAAGCGAUUGAGGCUGUCCGCAGCAAGGAGGAGUACAGGAAGUUCAAGGUCAACUUUGGCAAGGACCGCUGCGGCAACCCGCCUCGUCAGAUGCAGCAGCAGAACAACUCCCGCGACAACCAGGUUCCCUCGCCCCAGGUGAAUGGUGCCAGCCAGAACGGAAACUCGCCUACUUCCAACGGUGCCCCGGGUCUCCCUGCCCUGUUCAGUCAGCACAACCCGUUGACCAUGUACCUUAACCACGUCAGUCAGCAGGCUCAGCAUCACCAGCAGGCCCACCAGCAGUCUCUUGCUCCUUACCAGGCCGCCCUCUUCGGCACCGCUUCGUCCUCACCCAACGAGCAGUCCGGUAUGAGCCUCGAGGUCCCUCAGGGUCCUUCCAUGUCCGGCCACCAGCAGUCUGCCAGCAUCUCCAACGUUAACGGCUUCAUGUCCAACGGCUCUGGCGCCCCCACGAUGAACGGUCUGCUUGCUCCCGGACGAUCUUCACACAAUCGGGCUGUGAGCUUGCCCGUCCUUGCCCCUGGCUUCGAGAACGGUGGUACCAGCCCGAACAGCCUUCAUGGUAGCAAUGAGGGUAACGGCGAGAGGCGUGGGCAUCAAUACCAGGCCAGCUACGGCGGUAUGGGUGCCGGAUUUGGCUUGGCCAUUCAGGGAAACCUCAACCAGUGGGUUGAGGAGGAGGUCGCUAACUAAGAUCUCUAACGUCAAUGUCGAUGUGAUACAAACUUUUGAAGCUUCUCGAAUCGAUCAGUAGGGUAAUAUAAGGAGGGUGGGGGAGUUGUGUUGUUCAUUCGCAGCGAGAGACUACAUGAUUAAGCAUUUGGGAUCAGCGACAAAGGGACAAAUACAUGCCAACGGAUAGGCAGGUAGGGAGGCAGGCAGGCGGUUUUUGUUACACUUGCAACAAAUGAAUGAGCUAGGAUGUGGUUGUGUAUACGAAUCGUUUGCGAGCCAUUUACGAAAGAUCUCUGCAAGGGAAGGCAAAGGAGGGGAUGGAUGGGUUUCUGAAAGAAAAUGAAAGAUUGAAAUAUCCUGUUGUAAUUUUUCUCUUCGUUCCAUUCAUGUUCUUUUGGUCCUUUAUUCUUUUUUUCUAUCUUACUUAUACUUGCUUCGUUGUUCAUGUUAUGUUUUUUUUGGUUGGAUUGGGUUUCACACCCACAGAAGCGGAAGUCUAUAUGAAGAAGAAGGAAUCAUCACACACGUUCAUCAUCAUCAUCAUCACACAAAGCUGGUGUUUUGCUUUGCUUUGCUUUGCUUUGCUCUGCGUCAUGGAGGCCGCCUUGCUUGGUACUACACUCUCUGUCUGUCCCCGUUAUGAUGCUUUUUGACGAUCUCUCCAUGUUUUGUCCUGUCGUUGUUGUUGUUGUUGUAGUUUAUAUUGCUAUGGACUUGCUUAUAGUGGUUGACGUAUCUUCUCGAGUCUUUCCCAUUUUCCCCUGGCUUCGAGCCCACCCAGCCUUUCUUAUUGAGGGGGAAUAGCGGAAAUUCACCUAGACCUAUGUGGACAGUAGUGGUUGCCCGUAGGCUACGGUGCAAGCGUGGUUGGUACAAGCGUAAAGAUAGUUGUGCUCAGGUUGCUGCUUACUUGGUAUCUACCUAGGUCCGUAAUCGAGGGUGUGGGAAAAAAAAAAAAAAAUUAGAGUAGUAGAGCGCAUAGUGGGAAAACGGGUUGGUGGAGGUAGCUGUCAGUGUUGUAGCUGGGUGUCAUAAUGUGAGGGUAUGGACUGCCUGCCUGCCUGCCUGACUUUCUAGCUGGGCGGCUAUAUCAGAUCUCAACAGAUCGGGAAGAUGGGUCUGUCGUAGGUCGACAGAGGUCAUGGAAUAGUAACUGAAGAGUAGGUAGGUAUGUACCUUAUCAUGCACUGCCUUGAGACCGGCUAGUAUAGACCUAAACCAUUCAACAGAAGAAU